GAAGUGCUCCCGGAAAACGCCCCGCGCGGCGCCUCGGAAAGAUGGCGCUGGAGGCCGGCGACAUGGAGGACGGGCAGCUUUCCGACUCGAGCUCUGACAUGACGGUGGAGCCCGCCGACCGGCCGCUGCAGAAAACACUCGUGGGAGACAACACUGUAAGGACCUUCCAGAGCACUGCUACAGCAUGUAUGCCUAUAUCACAUUAUCGGACUGUUAAAAGUGUGGAUUCAAGUGAAGAGAGUUUUUCUGAUUCCGAUGAAGAUAGCUCUCUCUGGAAACGCAAGCGACAGAAAUGUCUGAACCUGCCACCAAAACCAGAGCCUUUUCAGUUUGACCAGAGCAGUCAGAAGCCAGCUAUUGCUGGCGGAAAGAAGAUAAACAACAUCUGGGGAGCUGUGCUUCAGGAACAGAGUCAAGAUGCAGUGGCCUGUGAACUUGGUAUCUUGGGGAUGGAAGGCAGUAUUGACAAGAGCAGGCAAUCGGAGACCUACAAUUAUUUGCUUGCUAAGAAACUUAGGAGAGAAUCUCAGGAGUGUACAAAAGAUUUAGACAAAGAGCUAGAUGAGUAUAUGCACAGUGGCAAAAAACCCGAGUUGAGGGAAGAAGAAAAUGGGCAGAGUCAUCUCAAACGGAAGCGACCUGCCAGAGACAGACUUGGCUCCAGACUGGAAAUGGACUACAAAGGCCGAUAUGAGAUCUCAGAAGAUGAUACUCAGGAGAAAGUGGCUGAUGAAAUUGCCUUCAGGUUACAGGAACCAAAGAAGGAUCUGAUAGCCCGAGUAGUGAGGAUAAUUGGGAACAAAAAGGCAAUUGAGCUUCUGAUGGAAACUGCUGAAGUCGAACAGAAUGGGGGUCUCUUCAUAAUGAAUGGUAGUAGAAGAAGAACACCGGGUGGAGUUUUUCUAAAUCUCCUGAAAAACACUCCUAGUAUCAGUGAAGAACAAAUUAAGGACAUUUUCUACAUUGAAAAUCAAAAGGAAUAUGAAAAUAAAAAAGCUGCUAGGAAGAGGAGAACACAACUAUUGGGGAAGAAAAUGAAACAGGCCAUCAAAAGUCUGAAUUUUCAAGAGGAGGACGACACGUCACGUGAAACCUUCGCCAGCGACACCAACGAGGCGCUGGCUUCGCUGGGCGAGCCGCAGGAAGGCCGCGGGGACGCCAGGCUGGGCGCAGACGAGGCCUUCGAGGUGGACCACUCUCACGACCUGGACAUAUUUUAAGUGCAUCGUGGACAUUUUCUACACAGUGUAGUCAACGUUUCUGCUGUCUGAUUUACUUUGUACUGACAGACAUGAGAAUCUGGAGGAGAGAGCUGUUUCUUGCUGUUAGUAAUUGUUAAUAUUAAGUGGGCAAAGGAGUGUGACAGGGUGAAGCAUUCGAGAUGCUUGUGUCUGACACAGCACCAGAAAGUGUGCAGCACAGUAUUUAACCUCUCCGUCGGCUGCAUGUGCUGAUGUGAAUUAUGACUAUUACCAGCUGAUACUUUGUCUUGACCUGGUCAUGAUAACAUGCUAUUCCAAACUUCUAUUAGGUUCUGUUUCUGAUUUGUCUUUGUGCUGAAUUAUGCUGUGGUUUCAGAACAUUCCAUUAGAGCCUGAGGGAACACUGAAUUGUUACAAAUACAUAACUAACAUAUUCAUGUUACUAUCUUCUCUGUUGCUAAGAACUUGGUCCUUUGGAGUUUGGUUUGUUUGUUUAGACAUAGGAUCUCACUGUAUAUUUCAGGCUGGCCUCACACUGAAUCCUCAGCCUCCUGGGUGUUGGGAUUAUAGGUGGAGACCACACCCCACCCCACCCACCCCCAGAUGGUUUUAGGCAAUUCUAAGGACCAGGACUUAGAACAAGCUUCUGUUGUCUGUCCUUUCCAGUUGUUUGUUUGUGGAGAAACAAAUGUCAGAAGCUUUCAAAAGAAAUACGGGUUCUUUUUGAAUUGUACUUAAAACUCUGUGACCCACAUCUGUGUUAUUAUCAUGAACAUUUCAAAUUCCCAGUGAUGGCCUGCCUAAGAUUUGUUUUACCUUAUGUUAAGGAAGCUAGGUAUUUAUGUCACAUCUGCAUGAAGUCUCAAAUUGCUCAUUUUUGUUAAAGAAAAAAACCAGUAAAUAUGUUUCUAGGGUUAACUAGUUUACAGAGUAAAUUCAACAGAAAUGUACUCAUGAAACAAAAAUUUGUAUAUUAAGGAAAAAUAUGAUUCAUCACUUACAAAUGGUCUUUACAAUGUAUUUGAAGUCUUUUAGUAGUUCCUAAAAGUGUAUUAUUGGAACUUGGAUCUCAGAAGGAAGUGGUUGUUAGUUGCUUUUUAUUUAUAAAUUACGCAAAAAUAAAUUUUGUUUUUGGCAGUCCUUAA